CACAUUUUCAUUCUGUUGGUCGGGGGGGAAGUUAAUUGCUGCUGUACCACUUCAGCCACAUUGAGGUCAAAUUUACCAAAUGCUUAUUUAAAAUGUCUAGUUUUUCGAGAUCAGCCCAGCAAUGGGCGACCUUUGCCAGAUCCUGGUUCCUAAUAGACGCUAGGAUGCAGCCUCCUGGAAAGAUCGCCUCUAUGUGUUCAGUGCGUCUUCAAGGAAAGCAUAAACCCAUUUACCAUCCAAUGAGUGAUAUUGGAGACCAUGUGGUAGUCAUGAACACCAGACACAUCGCUUUCUCUGGAAAUAAAUGGGAACAGAAAGUGUAUUCGUCUCACACUGGCUACCCUGGUUCAUUCAAACAGCUCACCGCAGCCCAAAUGCACAAAAAAGACCCAACAGCUAUAGUGGCAGUUGCAGAGCCAAAUAUUCCCUCACAAUCAGCAUGCCACACAUUUGAAUAAUAAAUGCAGCGCAGACCCCA